UAUUAAAAACAAUCUGUCUUCACUCUUGACAGUUCUUUCAAGUUUUCAUCAAUUUUCGGCAUAACACGUUUCGUGUCGUUACGACUUAAAAAAUGCGUUACGUGGCCGCGUAUCUGUUAGCCGUGCUGGGCGGUAAGGCUUCCCCGGCCGCCGCUGAUGUAGAAAAGAUCCUCAGCUCUGUGGGCAUUGAGGCUGACUCGGAGAAACUUAAGAAGGUUAUCUCCGAGCUCAAUGGCAAGAGUGUUGAUGAGCUUGUUGCGCAAGGCCGUGAGAAGCUGUCAUCCAUGCCAGUAGGUGGUGGUGUUGCGGUUGCCGCCGGUGCACCUGCUGCCGCUGCCCCCGCUGCUGAGGAGAAGAAGGAAGAGAAAGAAGCCAAGAAGGAGGAAUCCGAAUCGGACGAUGAGGACAUGGGCUUCGGUCUUUUUGACUAAAUAUUUUUGUAAUGUUGUGCGGCGCACGCGGUUUUUAUUCCAAUUUUGGUGUAAGAGUAACUUGACUGUCGUCUAUGUUUCUGUGAAAUAUACGACAUAAGAAAAUAU